UCAAGAAUGGAUCUAUCCUCCUCUUUUCUCAGCUACAGCACACAAAGCUGGAGUUCUCCCAGCUCUGACUCUGAUAUUUACAAUAUUUCCUCUCCAGAAGCUGCGUCGCCAUCAAACUACUCAGACUUUUCACCAGGGAGCAGGUCUCAGGACACCCCAGCCACACUAAGGUCAGCUAUUCCCCGGUGUGUAGAAUCAAGAAUGUCAGUCGGAAAGCAGAGGACGAGGACACGCUCUAAAAACCCAAGCAAGCAGAGACAGAACGCCAGUGAGAAAGAAAAACUAAGGAUGAGGGACCUGACCAAAGCCCUCCAUCACCUCAGGACCUACCUGCCUCCAUCUGUAGCUCCAGCUGGACAAACCUUGACCAAGAUCGAGACGCUGCGCCUCACCAUCCGUUACAUCUCCUACCUGUCCUCGCAGCUGGGCCAGGAGCCCCUCUCUCAGAGGAGUGACCUGAGUCCCCCUUACAGUGGGAUCUGCCAUUACAGCUCCGUUCCUGAAGCCUGGAGACCAGCAAGCGGGGCAGAAACACACACACAGGACAUUGGACACCUUGGUCACACCAGUGUAACAACAGCUGAACCUCAGAAUGAGAUGGACGUGGACAUUUUCGGCUCCAUGCUGGAGUACCCGCUGUAUCCGGAAACAUCAUUUUCAUGCCAGGACUACAGUAAAGCUGCACACUACCAGAGCCUGGCCCCGGCCUUCUGGAGCUGAAACUCAUUCGUCAUUUUUUAGACUGUGUACAGUAUUUAAUAUAUCCUAAUUUAAUGUUUCACUGUAAGAUUUUAAUAUUGUAAUACUAUAUUUUUUACCUGUUUUUGUACAAACUGAAA